AUGAGCUGGACCAUCCAAAUCGAAUUAGUCGAGAAAGUGAGGUUAUAUGAGCAAGCUCAAGACCGGUUAAAUGAAUGUCGAGAUAAAUGCUAUCAAAUAAGAGAAUCUUUGGAAGGCGCGCAUGAAGAUAUUACAGAAGUUCGCAAUUUAAGGCAGGCUCAAAUCUUAAACGUGGAAUUUAAUACAGCAAGGACCGCUUGGAGAAAUCAAAGAAAUAGAAAUCAGAAUAUUACUCAGGAGUUACAAAAUUGCCGAGAACAUGCAAACGAAGCUGAUAGAGUUAGCGCACUUGGAUUAUUUAAGGCUAGUCUUAGAGGCGAUGCUUCAGAUUGGUUGAAAAGAGAGGUCGCAGGUAAGAACUGGGAAUUAUCAAAUAUUUAUUCCACAGUUAACCGAACCAUGGCCCAACUUCAGGGAGAUGGCCAUGCUCGAAUUACGGGGCACUUAACUCCAUCCGCUCCCGUAGAUCUUAAUGGAAGAUUAGUGGCGGCCGAUGCCGGUGCUGAUCAGUCUGGUAAAAUCACGCUUUCACGAAAUGAUCUCAAAAAAUUUAUAACUGGUUUGAAAGGAACUAUUGCUAGAGGAGACCGUGCUUUGAAGAAACCUCCAGGUCCGGGAAAACAAAAAGCAGAUAAUCUUUCUAUGAAUCGUUUUUUAGAUCAGUUUAUAGAUGGUACGAGCGAACCUGGAGAAGGUUAUGACUAUGACCCGAUUGAUGAUUUGGUAGCACAAUUUGAUGAUAUGACUCAAAGAGCGCUCCAUAGGACCUGGGUUAUCUAG